AUUUGUAAUUAUUUUUUUUACCUUUUUAUAUUAUUUUCUGAACAGACUAUUUCAAUUUUAAAUUUGAAAAUUUAUGCGCUGCAACUUAUUACGAUCAGACAUUCGGAAUUCCUUUUCCGGCGCCGGCAAUCCCGUCGCCGCUGCUCAGACCGACAUCCUUGUUCCUGCACAUAAACAUAUAGUCAACUGAUAAAUAAUGUCGAUGGGCGGCGACGCUACUUGGGUGGCAAAGAAGCCACUGAGAAGAGUGGGAGGAAUGUCCGAUGCUCUCUCCAUCGCCGCCGAUCUCGUCUUUUCCGCCGCCCCUCCUCCCCAGGAAGAUAUCCAGAAUUUAACCUCCGGUUGUAGUGAAAAGGGGGACGAUUUAAUAAGAAUAUUGAGAGAAUUGACUUCUGUACAAAGAAGAAUCGCGGAUCUGCAAGUGGAACUUCAAGGCAGAAAGGAAGAUAAGAAUGUUGCUCACUUAACACACGUGAGUGAAAUGGAGAAGAAGAUUGAUACUCUAUCUCGGAUCACAGCUAUACUGAAAGAUGUCAUUCAGAAUAAGGAUCGGAUUAUUGCUCGGCUCCAACAACCUUACUCGUUGGAUUGCAUCCCUGUGGAAGCUGAGUACCAGAAACAAUUUUCAGAAUUGCUAAUGAAGGCAGCAAGUGAUUAUGGAGCAUUGACUGCUUCUGUCGGUGAUUUUCAAUGGAGCCAAAACUUUAAAAAACCACCUACAGUAUGGGGGGAAAUGCUCCGUCCAAUUCCAGUAGCUUUGGCAUCUUGCACUCGGUUCAUUGAAGCAAUGACUGCAAUGAGAGAGUCGUUUAACAAGCUUCAAACACUGAGAGUUGGUCAUUUGUCGGAAAGAGUAACGGGAGAAUCUGACUGUGUAACUCCUCCAUGUUGGACAAAUGAGUCGAGCUUUGACGAUCUAGCCCUUAGAAGGCAAGUCGUUGAUGUCGGCUACAAGAAUUACGACAGGAGAUUGUCUUGGCCUCCAUCUGUCAAAAACAUUGGGAACUGACAUUAAAACAAAAUUACCAUGUCUUGUUUAGCAUGUUAGUUUUCUUUCUUGUAUAGUGUAACAAUGACAUAAAUAUUUAAUGCAACUUCCUAUUAUGUAUCACAAUUUUUU